GCGGAAGAAGAGGUAAACGACGGAGUGACGUUAGGAAGUUCCAGCACUAGAAGCAUGGACGUAUCCAUAACAACAACUCAACUCAUCCUCGGCUACGAGUCUUUCCACAACGAGUAAGAAUAACUAACGACCAGUGAACUGAAAUGGCUUUCGCGAAUCUGUUUACGAGACUGUCUGCUGUCGAAGAAGGUGUGAAGAGCCCUGGUCAACAAGCCUUUACACACAGGAACGAGACUGAGCGUGGUGAAAGAGGCUGUGCAAGAAAGAGGAGGACCAAGGGGGGGCAGACUGGCCCUCAUAAUAAGAAGCAAUGUCACAAAGUCCAGACAACCAGGACUUAUGCCUCACCGGUUGACUCCAACCACCAUAGGCAUAACACUUCUAGUGAACAUGCAAGUGUUGGCUUCAACAGAGACGGUGGCAGCAGUGUUCACGCUGGCUACAAUAACAGGUUUCAGCAUCAACUGACGAACAGAGGGAGACCUGCCUAUAGAGGUGGAAGCCAUCCGAGUAGACGCACUUCGAGAGACAGAGGAGGGAACAGGAGACAUGGAGAUGAUAAUCGGGACUUCCGAGUGGAACGUCCAAGGUUCAUGACACAGGAGUUCAAGGACCAGAAUACUUUGUCAGAUGAUGGGCGGUUACUUUGUCGACAUUUCCUUUGGGGGAGGUGCAUCAAGGGUGACGACUGCCAACUGGAACAUGUUCAGGGUUACAACGAUCUCGUCAAAGAAGUGUGCAAAUUCUACAUCCAGGGAUUCUGUUCAAAAGGGGCGAGCUGCCCAUUUAUGCACAAGUCCUUCCCCUGCAAGUUCUACCAUAGAAAGGGACAUUGUUCUCAAGGAGCAGAUUGCAGGUUUUCCCAUGAGUCACUUAAUGACGUCACUAACAAACUGUUGGAUGAGGCAUUAAAACGGGAAAUUGACCUCUCUGAACUUGCAAAAAAAGCUGAACAGGACUCGUCAGGACAGCCAACAAACACAGACGAGUCAGAAAUUAUAGAAGCAAAUAGAACCCCUGAUGUAUUCAAACAACCACUCAGGCCUAACUUUUACAAAAGCGCAGACACAAAUGCUGAGAGUGAAGCCCUGUCACAUCAGACUGAACAAAUGGCUGGCAACAUGGAGGAAGCUGUCCCGCCACAUGCAUCAGAUGCUGCCCAACCCCACAGCUCACUGUCAACUAACCUUAAUGAUGAGGAGCCAGUUUGUUAUUCUGUUGAAGCUGUGCUUGGACCUCAACUAUCCAAACCUUUCACUAAUUUCUUUACAACUCCAAAAAGUCAAGAAUUGGCCCCUCUCUCUUCUUCUGAUUGCUCGUCAGAUUCUGUAAACCAAAGCCAAGUUCCCUACUCUGUCGAUGCCGUCCUCAGGUCUUGUAAAUUAGUGGAAAAUCCUACCUUUGGCCACACACCUACCGCUCCUAGUGCACAAACGAUCUCCGAUACCCCAAAAACUUACUUUGAAGAGAUCACUUAUCCUCUGCAAAGCUCAGAAACCCAAAAUAAGAGGGUCUUGUUUUCCAGAAAUACCAGAAAUGAAGCACACAAAUCCAAGGAAAACAUUUUCAAAAGCUUGUCAUCCUUCCAAGUGCACACCGACAGGAUUUCAAAGACCUACCCUAACUGUAACCUGGCCUCUGGGGAUGACGAGAAGCAAGGUGGAAAUAUGCCAGAAUCCCUGAGACCUGCUGAAAGUGGUUCCCAUGAAAUCAAGUUGUUGUCUACGGAUAUUACAUGCUCUAUAGACAGUAAAAAUGAAGGUGUUCCCUCUUUUAAACCCACACAGCACAAAUUGAUUUUUCCAAAGCCCCCUAGUCAGACAUCUACUUCCAGACAUCCCAUACAAUUGAAGCCACACCUCUCUGUUCUGACAUCUAUCUCCCAACCCUCGUUUAAGCCUUUUUGUCCCUCUCCAGGUUUCAGGGAGUUUAAAAGUAAAGCAUCAAGUCCUUCUGAACCUGGAACCAGCUCCUUUAAGUCACGUUAUCCUGGAAACUCUCAUAUUGCAGCAAAACAACCCACUGACACCCAGCUGUGCUCCAAAGAAAUGCAAUUUGGACUCAAACUUGGCACAAAACAAAACUAUUCAACUGAAACCACAGCAAAAUGCAGCAGUAAAAUGGAACAUUGUGGUGACUUGGCGGUUGGAUGUAAAAAGACCCUGAAAAGUCCCUGUCCUAGCAUUUCCUCAAACCCCAUUGCCGACACUCUGCCUAUAAACCACACAGUAACAAGUUCCUCUUGUCCUCAAGGCUCAAUUUCUUUCUGUCCUGUUCCGCAGUCUGCAGAUUGCAGAAGUAAUCACCUUAAAACUGCACUUGAACCUGAUAAAGCCUCUGCCAGGUCCUUCCUCAGCCUUUUUGUUGCCCCUCUCAGUGCUGAUCCUCUCCCGUGUACGCUGUCCCAGCCAGAUUAUUCAAGGACUCCAUCCUGUUCUCAACAAUCAAUGCAGUCAGUUGACAAUAUAUCUCAUACAGCAGACUCCAAACAAAGAGCUUCUAAUGUAGAGACAUCUCAGCCACAUCAGGUCAGAACCGAUGUCAAAGAAAUCCUUCAUACGCCAAGGUUCCCUAAUUUCUCUCCUAAUCCUGGAAUAGGAAAAGACAGUUCACUUGAGCCCAUAAAUCCACCUGCAAAGCUGCCGGUGAACCCCGUCUCUAGCCUUGUGUCUGAGACUCUCAGCGAGAUGUCUGCUAGUCCAACUCCUCGUGGUAACAGUCCAUCUACAACCCAUGCUCAUCAGCAGCUGCCCGACAUCUCAUCCAACAAAGGAUCUGCAGUAGCAGCCACUGCAAAUUCCCAUCUUCAGACUCUCUUUGCGUGCCUGAGACCAUACCAACAAGACAGACAGCAACAGGACACUGUUCAGAUCAGUGUCCCCGCAGAAAGUGAAAAUAAGGAUGAAAGCAGUACAGAGUGUGUCUUUGUGAAGCAACAACAGAAGAGGAAAAAUAGGAGUAGACAAAAGCUUGAGCAUGAGACUCAAAAUUCCCACAAACCAACCACCGAGAAAACGGUUGCACGCUCAACAGAGCACCUGCCCUCUCUUCAGACUCCUCAAAUCUUAUUGGAGGGAAGAGAAGGGUCGACCCUCGGCAGGCCGGAAAUGAGAAACUCUGGCAGGCACAACUUGCCAUUUAAACCAGUGGCGCUGCUGAAGCACCGUCACACCCGACCAGGACUAAAGCACACGUCAGAGGAAGGAAAGGUGGUUGAUGGGAACGCAGCAGCCACACCACUCAAAGACCUUUUUAAGACUUUAGACACUGUUUCCCACUGACAUUAACAUUGGAAUUACUUUUGUGUGUGAAGAGGUUGUACAAACUUGUUUUAUAUUUAAAACAUGCAGGCUACUCCGUAUUUGACAUUUUUGUGCGAUUUUUACAACUUCAUUUUUGUGCACCUUCAACCUUUUUUGAAAACAUGAAAUUAUUUGACAUGUAUAUAGCAAAGUCUUUGUUUUUUUGUAUACUGAAAAGGUCCCAAAACACUCAUUUGUGUAUCCUAUAUAGGAAGAGUAAAUAGUACUGUUUAUUAUUAUUUUAAGUAAAUAAACUGUAAAACAUU